AUGGCACCAAGAUAUACUAAGGCUGAUGUCCCUCCACCUAAAGCUUUCUCUGAGGAGGAGGUAGCAGCCAGAAAGAUAGUAGGAGUAAACACCGAAACUGUUACGAACAUCACAUCCACAGAUUUCCCAAACCAUUGGCCUAAUGAAGAUCAUUCUUGGGAUAAAGAGAAAUUCCGUGAGAAUCUCCAAAUAGUAUUUCACCAAAACGAACCACUUCUCUCUUCAUUUUCCCUAGUCGGCAUCGAUGCAUCUGUAGCCAAUGCCUUCCGUCGAAUCCUCAUUGCCGAAAUACCUACUCUUGCUAUAGAAUACUGUUUCGUAAAAAACAACACAUCCGUCAUCCAAGAUGAAGUUCUCUGCGGUCGUCUCGGUCUCGUGCCAUUCAAGGGAGGAAAAGAAGGACUUUUAGAUUUCAUGAAAUGGUUCCAAAAACCUGAGGAAGAAACGCCCGAAGAAGAACGUCACCUCGGCUCCUUUGACCACAAUACCAUUCAAUUGUCUCUAAAAAUUGAAUGUACACGCAACAAGGAAGCUGCUCCUGGUGAAGCUGACCCAAGAAAAAUAUACCACAAUGCACAUGUAUACGCGAAGGAUAUCGAAUUCAAGCCUUUCGGUCGACAACUCGAGUAUUUCAGCGGCGAAAACGCUAUCAGGAGUCCCAAUCCAGAUAUUUUGAUUGCGAAGAUGAGACCAGGUCAAGUAAUUGAUAUUGACAUGCAUGCGAUUAAAGGAAUUGGAAGAGAUCAUGCCAAAUUCUCGCCGGUAGCUACAGCUUCGUAUCGAUUAUUGCCAGUAAUCAAUAUUACCCAACCAAUUUUGGGUAAAGAUGCAGAAAAAUUCAAAAAAUGUUUCCCGCCAGGGGUUAUUGGGAUUGAGAAAGUCACAGCAAAGGAGGCCAAGAUCAAGGGAAGCGGAUAUGAAGGACAUGAAGGAGAGAAGAAGGCAGUCGUUGUAGAUGCCAUGAGAGAUACUGUCAGCAGAGAAUGUUUAAGACACGAGGAAUUCCAAGGCAAGGUCAAAUUAGGAAGAGUUAGGGAUCAUUUCAUUUUCUCGAUCGAGAGUCUGGGACAAUGGGAUAGCGAUGAGCUGUUCUUGGAGUCCAUCAAGACACUGAGAACAAAGUGUGAAGCUUUCAAGACGAGUUUGCAGAAUAUGACGAAGUAA